AUUGUAAUCAAAAAUGUAUUUUGAAUUGGGAAAGAUUGGAAAAUUGUACAUAUUUUUAUCCAUUGAUUUUAUUUGCUGCCGCUAAUUGAAAACACUCAUGAACGUCACAUUAUCUCUCAAGUGAUAUGUGUAAAAUAUCAUUGUGUUAUUAAACUGGAAAUUAAAGGAUGAAAGUAUGCAAGAAUAGAUUAGGCACACUUAAAAGUUCAAAGUCGAAUAUUUUCAAGAAAGUUGUCGUGCACGUGGUAAAGGAAGCGGUAAAGGCCUCGUUAUAAAGGACGUGGUAAAGGCCUCAUUGUAAACAUACAACAUCUGACAUCUAUUAAUCUACAUGGAUAUGAUUAAAUUUUGAGUGUAUAAAGUAAUCAUUAUCAAGUCAUGUUUAAUGAAUGCGAAUCGCUUGUAUUCAUUCGUUAUUAUUAUUUUGCAAUAGAAUGUCUUGUUUACCGUUUAUUAGAAUUAGAAAGGGAAAGAAAUAUGUUGUAAAUAGUGCUCAAGAAUGUAUGGUGUCUCCAAAUGAGCCAUAUGUAACUUACAGUGCAACGGAUGGACAAUCAUCAUCCAAUGUACCAGAUAUACAAAAUUCGUUUAAAGAAAAAACAGUUCAAAAUGGACGGAAUGAAGAAAAGCAAAAUAAAAGUACCGGGAGAAGAAGCAAUAAUGUUGGCCAGCCAGAGAAUGUAAGAGAAGAAUAUGAAUUACAAAGUCGAAACAGAUAUGAAGGAAAUACUGCCCAAAGUGGUGGAAGACAUGGUAUAUUAGAAAGGCAAAAUGAAAGACCGAAUGAAGCCUACCAUACACAGGAACUAAAGCGAGAAUAUGAUGCAAAUUUGCUACAAAUAACUCAUGAAAAUGAAGCAUUACAAGAACAAUAUAAAACACUUGAAAAAGAAUGUGAACAUCUGAGGAAGGAAUGUGAACAACAAAGAAAAAAGAACAAGGAUUUGGAAAAUCGAUCAAUGUCAUUGACAAGAGCAAUGUCAAGAAUAAACGAUUCAAAAGGAAACUUUGAGGAUGUAAAUGAAGAAGUAAAUAAUACGAAACUAUCCCAAAGAUUUGAAUGCUUGUACUCUCAAAAAUGGGUAUUAUUGAUAAAGUGGAUGUUAAAAAAUUGUCAAGCCAUGCCUGAAGUGGAGAGAAUAUCACAUAUCACGAAUUUAAUGAAGAUGGCAUAUCAAGAGUGUAAAACAUUGGCAGAAGAGAAGUUAUGUGUGCUUCUGCAUGUCAACAGUCUAAAAGACAACCCUAUAGAUGAAGAUCUGGCAGAUGCCAAAAUUAUGUUCAAGAAAUAUGUUUUUGGAGAUUAUGUAAAGCAAAGAAUUGUUCAGGAGAUUACAGAUAAGCUUAUGCAAACAGAGGAUGUGGGUGCAUUAUGCUCCGGGGAUAAUACCAGUACAGCAAGGGAAAAAUUAAAGACUUUUCUGGACGAAUACAUUGAAUGUUGCUUGCUUUUGGCAGUAUCGAAUCCAGCAAUGGUUCUAGAUUUUGACGUCGUCGGUAAAAUGUUUAGUGACUGUGAUGACCACUUUAAAAUGUAUUCUACUAAAAGACCUGUCGAGGAUAUGACUAAAAUUGAAGGUACAAUAUGUGAAGUUGUUUGGCCAUGUGUGCAACUCGAAGAAGGUCCUGCAAUUUAUAUGAAAGGUGAUGUUGUUGUUGUCAAAAGGGGAAAACAGGCAUAGUGAAUAGUUAUGCAUAAAUAAAUAAUUCAAUUUAUCUGUAAGAACUCUUUUUGAAUGAGAUGUUUGUUAAACGUUCUGAACUCUAUGACGUGUUCUGUUGAAAAUGUUGAAAAUACUUGUGUCAUACUUGUGUAAAAAUAUAUAAAUAUACAUGUAUAACAUGUAGUUUGCUUUUCUUUUUGAUUGCCUUUACAUGAAGCGAUUACAUUUAUUGGCUUUAUUAACUCAAUGCAAGUACUUAACCAUUGUGCACGUGAUAUACCGUAGUAUUAUAAUAAAACACCAUGCAGAA